AUGGCAUUUGCAACUUGGAUACUCCUUGUACUGGGUGCCACUUUGGUGGCUAUGUGCAUGUGCAUGGCCAUGCAGCCCUUCAUCAUGCCGCGGAGAGUUGCUAAGCGAGCACCAUCCGCGAUUGACUACGAGCAAAUUCCCGGCUUGCAGGUCUCUCGACCUGACGAGGACAGAAUACCUUUGGGUGUAGUCUUGCAAUCCCAACUGAGACACUAUUUCAAAGCAUUUGGAAGCAAUUCAGGGUGUUAG